AUGGCGAAUCGCGGCCUUGCACUUGAUCCCCAUGUCUUCACUAUCAACGACCUCAAGGAGUUGGGCAGCAGUAAGCUGCCAAAGAUGUACAGAGACUACUUCAACGAAGGCGCAAUGGACAUGAUAAGUCUGCGCGAGAACGAAGACGCCUACAACCGCUACAAGAUCCGACCCCGCGUCCUUGUAAAUGUCGAAACCGUCGACACCUCAACACACAUAUUUGGGACAAAAGUCUCGUUCCCCCUCGGCCUCAGCCCGACGGCCAUGCACCGGCUGGCGCAUCCGGACGGCGAGCUCGCGACGUCGCGCGCCGCCGCCCAGCAGUACAUCUGCAUGGGCCUGUCGUCGUACGCGACCGAGACUCUCGAAAACGUCGCCGCCCAGGGCGCGGGCAACCCGUACGUCAUGCAGACGUGCGUGCUAAAGGACAAGGAGAUCACGAAGCAGCUGCUCAGGAGGGCGGAAGCCGCGGGCUACAAGGCGCUGUUCCUCUCUGUGGAUUGUCCCGUGCUCGGCCUGCGCCUCAACGAGUUCAGGAACAAGUUCGUGCUGCCCAGCGGUUUGGCAUACCCGAACAUCUUGUCUGCAGGCAAAGAUGAUCUGGGAGGAAGGCAUGACUACGAUGCGACCUUGGAGUGGGAGACGGCAAUCCCGUGGCUGAGGGAAAACACCAAGAUGCAGGUCUGGCUGAAAGGCGUCAACACGGCCGAUGAUGUCGUACUCGCCAUCCGGCACGGCCUCGAUGGCGUCGUCGUUUCCAACCACGGCGGGCGCCAGCUUGACGGCGUGCCCGCGACGCUCGAUGCGCUGCGAGAGUGCGCACCCGCGGCAAAGGGAAAGAUGGCGAUUGCAAUAGACGGCGGAAUUCGCAGGGGCUCCGACAUCUUCAAGGCGCUGGCGCUCGGAGCCGACUACUGCUUCGCGGGGAGAAUAGCAUUGUGGGGGCUUUCGUACAAGGGUCAAGAAGGCGUGGAGUUGGGUAUCAAGAUCCUGCUGAACGAGUUCAAGAUUACGAUGGCGCUCGCCGGGUAA